AAGGACACGCACGUUUAACUUCCUCUUCUGCAAACUGAACGAGGGGUAGAAAUGUGGCGUGAUUUAAACGUUGUCUCUGUUUUCAUAAAGUUUAAAGAUACUGAAAGAUAUUGAGAACCUGUAGGAAGCAGACUGAGGGAGAAAGAGAGAAACAUCCGCACCUUGAUCCUCGGCAGCACCUGAUCUAAACACAAUGGAGGAAGGUGUGCACAGGUAUUACGUGCUAUUUGUGGAUAAACAUCGAUUAGCACUAGUCCAGAGAGUAAAAAACAUUGAACCGAUUCUGGAUGGACUGCUCUCAUAUAAAGUUAUCAAUAGAGAGAAUUAUGAGGAAAUCCUAUCCCUCCAUGGCCCUCAGGAGAAGAUGAGGUCUCUCCUAAGAGGGCCUUUGAGAGUCUGUGGACCUGGAGGAAAAGAGAUAUUCUACAAACUGCUGAGAGAACAUGAGUCAGAUCUCCUCGAUGACCUUGCUGAUGAGUCUGAGAAAUAUAAGAAGAAUAAGAAAGACAUGGAGGUAGAAAGCAUGGGGGCUCAGAAGAGACUUCUUGAAACAUUGAAUGAUUUGAGUUCAGAUGAGUUUAACCAAUUCAAGUCACUCAUUGAAUUAGAGGAAAGUUUCCCACGGAUCCUAAGGGGUCGACUCAAAGUGGCAAACACAGAUGAAACGGUGGAUCUGAUGGUGAAGACGUUCAGCGGAAAGUGUGUGAAUAUGAACAAAACGGUUUUAAAGAAGAUGAACAGGACUGAUCUGGUGCAGAGAUUGUCAGACAUCAGCUCAGGAACCAAAGAGGAACCGCUUCCUUCUCUGAUCCAGAGCGUGGAAAUGAUGGCGUCUGUCAUAGAGCUGCUUCUGGAAACACUGAAAGAUUUGAGUGACCAGGAUUUACAGAGGUUCCAGAGGGUCCUGAAUAAAAUUCAGUCUGACAAAGACUACCCACACAUCUCACCAAGGUGGCUCAUGAUGAGUGACAGGCAGGACAUGGUGUUUUCUUUGGUGCGAGAUCACGGCCAGCAGUCUGUGGAGAUGACCCAACAUAUUUUUAGUAGGAUUCGGAGGACUGAUCUGGUGCAGAGGCUGUCACAAAGCAGCUCAGGACCCAAAAAGAAACACUCAGAGGCACAGCGACCUGCAGUGAUCCAGAAAGUAGCAACAAUGGCAGCUGUUAAACAUCUGCUUUUGGAAACUCUGAAUGAUUUGAGAAACGAGGAUCUUGAGAAAUUCAAGCAGUCCCUGGAUUUAAUUGUUACCAUGAACAAACAAAUAAACAUGUCAUGGGAAUGGAGAUCCUCAACAGGCAGAGCACAAACAGUGGAACAGAUCAUUCAGAUCUUCGGCCAACAGUGUGUAGAGAUAACCAUGGAGGUUUUGAAGGACAUUAAAAGGACUGAUCUGAUGCAGAGGUUUACAAAGCCCAGCUCAGAACUCAAAGAGAUGUACUCUGUGGAUGAACAUCGACCUGCACAGUCCGAGGGAGCACCAAUUGCAGCAGUAAAACCGAUCCUUUUGAAAACUCUUAAGGAUUUGAGUGGCGAUGAGCUCGACAGAUUUCAGUGUUUGCUGCAGUUCACGUACUUCCAGAAGAGCAUAUCCUACUCCUUUCAUGGAUAUCCCUAUCAGACAGGAAGUGCACUCGAGUUAGUGGAUCAGAUGGUGGAGACCUGUGGUCCGCAGUCUGUGGAGGUGACCAGGGAGGUUUUAAUGGACCUGAACAGAACUGAUCUAGUGGAGAGAUUAUCGGAGACUAUCUUAAGACUCAAAGAGAAACCACUUCCUUCACUGAUCCAGAGAGUGGAAACGAUGGCGUCUGUCAUAGAGCUGCUUCUGGAAACACUGAAAGAUUUGAGUGACCAGGAUUUACAGAGGUUCCAGAGGGUCCUGAAUAAAAUUCAGUCUGACAAAGGCUACCCAGACAUCUCACCAAGGUGGCUCAUGAUGAGAGACAGGCAGGACAUGGUGUUUUAUUUGGUGCAAGAUCACAGCCAGCACAGACUGCUGGAGAUGACCACUGAGGCUUUUGAGAGGAUGAACAGGACUGAUCUGGUGCAGAGGCUGUCACAAAGCAGCUCAGGACCCAAAAAGAAACACUCAGAUGCACAGCGACCUGCAGUGAUCCAGAAAGUAGCAACAAUGGCAGCUGUUAAACAUCUGCUUUUGGAAACUCUGAAUGAUUUGAGAAACGAGGAUCUAGAGAAAUUCAAGCAGACCCUGGAUUUAAUUGUCUCCAAGAAGAAGCUGAGAUAUUUUUCAUGGAUUUUGAGAUCCUCAGCAGGCAGAGCACAAACAGUGGAACAGAUGAUACAGAUCUUCGGCCAACAGUGUGUAGAGAUAACCAUGGAGGUUUUGAAGAACAUUAACAGGACUGAUCUGAGGCAGAGGUUGACAAAGCCCUGCUCAGAACUCAAAGAGAUGUACUCUGUGGAUGAACAUCGACCUGCACAGUCCGAGGGAGCACCAAUUGCAGCAGAGAAAGAGAUCCUUUUGAAAACUCUGAAGGAUUUGAGUGGCGAUGAGCUCUACAGAUUUCAGUGGUAUCUGCAGUUCACGUACUUCCAGAAGAGCAUAUCCUCCUUUCAUGGAUAUCCCUAUCAGACAGGAAGUGCACUCCAGCUAGUGGAUCAGAUGGUGGAGACCUGUGGUCCGCAGUCUGUGGAGGUGACCAGGGAGGUUUUAAUGGACAUGAAGACAAGUGAUCUAGUGGAGAGAUUAUCAGAGACUAUUUUAAGACUCAAAGAGAAACCACUUCCUUCACUGAUCCAGAGAGUGGAAACGAUGGCGUCUGUCAUAGAGCUGCUUCUGGAAACACUGAAAGAUUUGAGUCACCAGGAUUUAGAGAGUUUUCAGAUGGUCCUGAGUCAAAUUCUCUCUGACAAUGGCUACACACAGAUCUUACUAAGGUGGCUAAUGAUGAGAGACAGGCAGGACAUGGUGUUUUCUUUGGUGCAAGAUCACGGCGAUCACAGACUGCUGGAGAUGACCACUGAGGCUUUUGAGAAGAUGAACAGGACUGAUCUGGUGCAGAGGCUGUCACAAAGCAGCUCAGGACCCAAAAAGAAACACUCAGAGGCACAGCGACCUGCAGUGAUCCAGAAAGUAGCAACAAUGGCAGCUGUUAAACAUCUGCUUUUGGAAACUCUGAAUGAUUUGAGAAACGAGGAUCUAGAUAAAUUCAAGCAGACCCUGGAUUUAAUUGUCUCCAAGAAGAAGCGGAGAUAUGUUUCGUGGAUUUUGAGUUCCUCAACAGGCAGAGCUCAAACAGUGGAAAAGAUAAUACAGAUCUUUGGCCAACAGUGUGUAGAGAUAACCAUGGAGGUUUUGAAGGACAUUAACAGGACUGAUCUGAGGCAGAGGUUUACAAACUUAGAACUCAAAGAGAUGUACUCUGUGGAUGAACAUCGACCUGCACAGUCCGAGGGAGCACCAAUUGCAGCAGAGAAAGAGAUCCUUUUGAAAACUCUUAAGGAUACGAGUUACGAUGAGCUCUACAGAUUUCAGUGGUAUCUGCAGUUCACGUACUUCCAGAAGAGCAUAUCCUGCACCUUUCAUGGAUAUCCCAAUUGGACAGCAAGUGCAUCCCAGCUGGUGGAUCAGAUGGUGGAGACCUGUGGUCCGCAGUCUGUGGAGGUGACCAGGGAGGUUGUAAUGGAUAUGGACAGAACUGAUCUAGUGGAGAGAUUAUCAGAGACUAUCUUAAGACUCAAAGAUAAACAUCCGUCCAAACCACUGAAGGAGGAAGUAACCGUGGCAUCACUGGAGAAGAAGCUUCUGGAAACACUGGAAGAUUUAAGUGAUGGAGAGCUCGAGAAAUUCAAGCGUGGCCUCCAAAGAAUCUCAAGUCAGAGAUUAGAGACGGCAGGGAGAGUAGAGAUUGUGGAUCUGAUGGUGGAGAUCUACGGCCAACAGUCUAUGGAGGUGACAAUGGAGAUUGUAAAGAAGAUGAAAGAAGACGAUUAUGGUCUGGAGCAAAAGUUGUCAAACAUCACUUUAGGAUCCAAAGGGCCUUCAAGAACCUUGGAGCUUGAAGGUAGUGAAAAAAUGACGAAGGACUCCAGUGGCUGGACUAAACUUGAACCUGAGGUGAACAGUACAGAUGAAGAUGAGGCAUCAACUUACAGCCUAAAGUCUGAAGCCGGAAACUUUGAAUGCAGUGUCUCUGGCUUGCGCUGGGUCUGUCAGGAAAAGGUCAGCUUUAAGUACAAGUUUUGCUCUUCGGAGGAACCCAUGAAGAGGAUGGAGAUGAUGAAAUACAUGCCUGCAGGUCCCCUGAUAGACAUCACAGGGAUUUCUGGGAAGUUAUUUGAAGUGUACCUGCCACACUGGAUCUGCAUAGAUGACAUCCCUAAAAUAUUGCAAAGGUUUGCAGUCCUGCACAUAGAUGACUGUGGAGAUGUUGUGGAAAAAGUGUCUGAAGUCACAUCGUCCCAUGUCAAGCUGUCUGAACCAGUUUUCUCUCCAAGAGCGGUCCUGAUGAAAAUGGGCUUUCCAGUAAAAAUACACUGUAACGUGUUGAUUUAUUCAAAAGCCUACACAUCCUGCACCGUUCUUCAUGUUUACCUGACCCCGCUCGAUCCUGCUCUUAAAGAGGCCAUCGACAAGAAGAAAAAAGACUUCAAAUUUAUCGACAAGCCACGCACAAACAAGGGCCUGCCGCUGCACAAAGGUUUCAACCUCACAGCAGGCACAACGGCCAAGAUUUGCCCAGAGGAAAUAACCCUCAGCAAUAGUAGCCAAAGCCAAAGCUCAAUAUUCUUUGACGUGCACUUUAAGAAUCCAAUCAGUGACUUCGACCUUACACUCUCACAACUUAAGAAAGGGAAACGCGAACCACGGUGUGAACGAGUAUGGAGCUGUGAGAUUCUAAAAGUGGAAGCUACGGGUGGACCGUCCUCAGAAAAUGGAUCAAGGGACACUGCGAGACCCUCAGCUGGAGAGACAGCUCAAUACACCAUGGUAGACGGUAAGCACUUUGUGGAUAAACAUAGAACCGAGCUGAUCAACAGAGUGAACUGCGUUGCAGACAUUUUGGAUCAGCUCCUUGAGAAAGAAGUCAUCACACCAUCGAUUUAUGAUGAAAUCCUGGUAAUCCCAACCUCUCCGCAGAAGAUGAGGAAACUAUUCAGUGGUCCCCUGAAUGCAGCAGGGCCUCGUGGCAAAGACGUCUUCUACAGAAUCCUUGAGAAAGAGGAGAAAUAUCUCAUUGAGAACCUAAAGGGAAAGAAGUGAAUGUUGUGGAGAAAUCAUUUUUUAGACUAAACGUACAUUGUGCCUCAAGAAAAAAAGCGUCUUAAAUUAUUACAAUGGGGAAAUAGUCAUGUAAAUGUCUCUGUAGGGGGUUCUAUCAAAUAUAGCUUUUGCACCUUCAUGUUUAAUCAUAGCUCUUGCCCUUUUUUACACUUGGACCAGUCAUAUUUUAUAAAAUGAAUACGUUUUCCUGUAAGGUUAAAACCAGAUUCAGCAAACCAUGUAAGUCAUUCAUGUAAUGUAAAGAUGUAAGAAAUGGCUUUGCCUUCUCACCUGACAUGUAAUGUUUUAAUCCAGCAAAUCCCAGAUGGAUUGAGUCUGCUUUUAACCUAUUUUUUAUAAAUUAAAGGAUGCUUGAUCAUGAAUGAUUAUCCUUAGGUUUUGUAUGCAGAUUUUGAUUAUUGUCUUUUGUGCUAAACGAUUCUAUUGUUGUUUUUUCCCUCAUGAAAAUACGAGGCCAAUGUUUUUUAUUUCGAAAUACAUUUUCAAUAAAGUCUUAUAAAUAUUA